AUGGGCCCCACCAAUACCCCAGCACUGGACAACUUUCCUAUAAGAGUGUUGACCCCAAACAAUAUCUUAAGUCGAGCCACGAAAAUAUGCGAGAAUGGUAUUGUCGGUCCGACCUCUUUGGCCAUUCAUAAGCAUUACAUCUAUACGGGAACCGCUGGCGGAGGUGUAUAUCGAUGCGAUUUGCGGUCCGGAAACGCGACUCGUAUUGUCAAAGUGGCCAAUGAUUUGUGCAAAUCUAAAGCCUGGGAUAUAUCGCUCUGCGGCCGAGCGCUGGGCAUCAGAACCGAUAAGAAGGGAACCGUUUUCUUCGUCGACGCGUAUUUAGGUCUCCACGAAGUGCUUUUCGUUGGCAAUAAAGUUCAGGUCAAUCGGUUGCUCACACUCGAGGAGACGGGCGGCAAAUAUAUGGGACACUUAGCCAUAGAUGAGGGUUCGGGUACUAAUGGGGGAAAUGUUAUUUAUAUAACAAUCGCCAGCACUAAAAGGGAUCUAAACCAAUGGCCGGCUAUGAUUAUAGAGCCGGACAGGACUGGAACUGUCAUCAAAUACGACGCCGACACUAAAAAAGUGGAGAAUUUAAUGCAAGGACUUUGGUAUCCGACGAGCGUUGAGAUCACUGACGAUCGCAACGCUCUUCUCGUCGCUGAGUUUACCGCCAGACGUGUUGUUAAACACUAUAUCAAAGGCAAAGAUAAGGGAAAGACAGAGACAUGGGCUGAGAAUCUUCCGGGAGAGAGCGAUCACUUGAUUAGAAGUCUUGAGAAACAUCACGAAACAUAUUGGAUGCCAAUCAUUAACGCCAGGAAUGUUAGUAAUCCUAAUCUUAUUGAUUGGAUGAGCGACAAGCCAUGGCUUAGACAAGAAUUGCUCGACAAAUACACAGACAUCGGAAACAGUAUCGAAGAAUUGGGCAAAAAGGAGAAGAAUGAUCGGCUCGAGAAACUGGGCUUUAGUAUGAAAACUGGUUCACAAUUUUACACACAAAACGUGGCCAACAAUUACGGAUUGAUAUUAGAAAUAGACGCAAACGGGAAGAUUUUGGGCUCAAUUCACUCGACGGACGGCGCAAACAGUUUUAUAUCGGAAGCAGUGGAGGGCCCGAGCGAUAACCCAUACGAAAGAGUGCUAUACAUCGGAUCAUUCAGUUAUCCAUAUAUAUUAAAACUAACGAUUCCUAACUUUUCGCAAGAUAUGGCCCCCUUUGAGGACCAGAACUUUGACUUCUCAUACCGUCAGCCCAUUUCCGGUUUAAAUGACUUUAGGAUAUUUGGCAACAGACCCUUCAAUCGUGGUUACGAUUACGCCAUUCCCGACAUCUAA